UGUGAGCUCAUGGGUUCAGAGUGUGGGGAAGGAUCAGGGAUAUAAACGAGCGGCUCGCUUGUCCCAGCAGGAACAGGGGCUUCCAGCUGUGGCGCAGGGUCCUCCCGAGGUGGAGAUGGAACCGCCAGUCCUCUACCUCGCUUCGCUGCUCCUGUGUCUCGGAGUGGUUGGAGCGCACUCUGGAAGACGUUUUUCCGAGGUGGUGGGCCAUCAUGGGCGAUGGCACGAUCUGCCCGCCCAUGCUUCACUCGGGGACGGCUGGAUGUCAACCGACUCGAGCUUCUGGGACGAGGAUCGAUACCCAAUCCGCUCGGAUAACGGCCGAGACCGGCGUCGCUGCUGGCCGAUAAGGAACGUAACCGUGAAUGUGACAAACGAUGGGCCGACUCUUGUGGGCUCCAAGCUGACCGUCAGCGUGUCAAUAAUCUCCCCCUGGCACGGCGCCAACGGGACCGCAGCAUGGAACCACACAUACGACGGGCAGGCGCCGGCGCCCAGGGAAUGGCCUCUGCAGGAGGGGGAGGAGGACCACGGUGAAGAGAAUUGGUCUCAAGACGAUGAGCAGAACAACACAUUCCCUAACGGAAAGCUAUUCCAUCGUAAUCGACAUCGUCGGAGAUACCUGCCUAGGCUUUACGUGUACAUCUGGUCUACAGAAGGCAAGUACUAUACAAUGGUGAACGGGAACCGCUCUAAUGUGACAAUUGACACCACGGACAUCCCCGUCGGCACCCACAACAUCAGCCUGCUCCUGUACCGCGGCAGGCAGAGCGCAACGCAGCUGUGCGCCAUCGCCAACGUUACUGACAACUACACCGUGACUGACUCCGUGCCGCUCAGUGUGAAGAUCUCCCAGACGGGCGAUCGCAACAGCUCAGACCUGAUCUUCCUGGAGAACGCACCAGUGUCCUUCACCGCCACACCCCACGACCCCAGCGGCUACCUGAGCAACGCCACCCUAACCUACGCCUGGAACUUUGGCGAUGGCACGGAGGUGGUGGUGGGACCUAAUGCCUCCGUCAACCACACAUACUCAGCUAUAGGCUCAUUCAGCGUGUCUCUGUGGCUGAGGGCCGUCAUACCGACACCAUGCGGGACCCUCAACGCCACUGUGCUACCGCCUGACGAAAUGGGCCCCUGGGACGGACCCACUGCCCAGCCGAGUGGUGAAGGGGCGACCGUGCCAGAUGGAGCUGACCUGCAACAGUCAUCUACGAAAUCACCCCCUACCCCGUCUCCAACCUGCCAGCUCGUGCGCUAUGGCAGCUUCAGCGCAAACGUCACCAUCGUGGAGGGGAUAUCGAGCGUCGCCGUCGUGGCGCUGAUGCCGUCGGCGAUCAUGAUGCAGGGCGGUGGUGCCGUGGAUUUUAUGGUCACGUGCAGUGGCAGUUUGCCGAGCGAAGUGUGCACCGUGGUAUCGGACGAGACGUGCGUGGGGCCCGUCAGCGCGUCGUGCCGCCCACUGGCGCUGGGUGCAGGAGACCCGUGCUCCCUGACCCUGCGCGAGCAGUUCAACGGGUCGGGCAUUUUCUGCCUCAACGUCUCACUGGCUGAUGCAGUGAGCCUGGCCGUCGUUAGUACCCGCGUGGACUUCAACGCAGAGUCUACAUCAGCAAAGCUUUUGGGACCAGCCAUUUUUUUUGGAGGCAUCGUUCCUCUUAUCCUCCUAGGACUGCUCUUUCACAAGAAGUAUCGCCAGUACACUCCCGUGGCCCCACCGGGAAUGGAGCUAAGCCACGGCCCAUGGACUCUCUACUGGAUGAAAUUCAUCAGGAACAAGUCUGGCGAGAAAAACCCUUUGCUCGAUGCUCAGAAGCAGCCAAUUGCUGCUCACCUGGUCUGAGCCACCGCACCAAAGGCACAUACAUACACACAGCCACCAGUCCCUGCACAAGUUAGGCGAACUCUCUUUGGGAACCUACACUAUUUAGCCUGCAACUUUAUGAAUUAUAAUUAUGUAUCACUGCAUGGAUCAUAUCCACACUAAUCCGGUACUAGAAAGGAAUAUGUUUGACCUAACAACACUCUGUUCAUCAUUUUAGAAUACACAUUCACCUGUAAAGGUGAUCCUCAAUUAUAUUUUGUUUUAUUAUCAGAUAACGUGACAGUGUGUUGUAAUGUGUGGCCAGCCAAAAGCUAUUUGUAAGUGCUAUUUGACUCUCAUGAUAAAAAACGUUCCCUUCUCCUGCUGUGCACGAAUGGUGCGUGCUAUACUCUGCUAGCUUUGGCAGCUUUUUCCAUCGUCUCGCCAUUGCUUAGAGUUCGUUGUGUACGAUUGGUUCGUCUUCAUGCUACUUUUGUUUCCCAAAUAAAGUGGAACGAUAAAUAUGUAAGUACAUAAAACUUAACACAUUCAAUAACCCUGCAUUACAUUAAUUAAAUAUACAAUAGAUGACGUUUUGAGUAAUGUCUUUUCAUAGUACAUCAUGAAUAUUGGAAUGAUUAUGAAAAUAUUUUGAUAAAUCUAUUCAGUAAUAUUGUAGAUUUCAAAAAAAUGAUUUAAUCUUUAAUCAAUAGGUGUCUAGCGAGCAAUCACAACCAGCUAAUCACUUCCACUUGACUAGUUUUGCUUGCUCUCCAGAACAGGACACGCCCUCUCACAAAGCAAACUUGCAUUUUGGAAAGGGGGAGAUAUGUUUACUGAUUUUUAUCUGUUCAUCCUAUUUUCCGUUACUGAAUUAUAAAUUACAAACAUGAUUCAGUCGAUCAAGACUAGCAUGAUUCGUCAUUAAUGAAUUUAGUAUUCAAUUUAAUGUAUAGUUUUUAUUAUUUACACAAAUCGGGUUUAAGUCAUGUUGUCAGUGGGGACCGUUUAAACCCUGGAUAAUCGCUCCACCUCGGUGGAGCCAAGAGUGAAAAAGGUGCAGACAGCAAUUCGCCAACUGUAAUUGGCUUUCCACCAACAUAUGAAUCACACCCACUGUUUUCAAUUUAAACAUGCUUUGCAUAUGCCUAUCUUUAGCUUGUUGAGGACAUCUGAGAUAAAUUUUCAAUUCAUUAUCCACUUAUGUUAACUUGUAUAGUGAUUACGUGGGAUGCGUGUGGUUUUGUCGUCACAUUUGCGCAGGUUAUCUAUGUAAUUAUCAAUUACCGCUGGGUGUAAAGCCUAUUAAGUAAGCUUAAUGAUUAUUUUGCAUGAUUUCAGAAUAAAGCUAUUGAUGCAGAAUACA